AAAGAAAUGUACACAUGUUGGUAUUAAUAUACAUCACUGUGGUGCCUAAACAUAUUCACAAUUAAGCUUAGCUGUGGUGAAAUCACAAUCACGAAACAGCGUGUUGCAGACAGUAGCCUGCCUGUUUAUUGAUCUUGGAAACAGAAUCAGAGUAGGCUAUUAUUUUGAAAUGUGUGUAAGGGUGUUACAGAAUCUGAACUUUUAAAAAAAAUGAAAUAGGGAAAUCAAAAGUUCCUAUUCGGUGGUUUAACCUACUUGAGUGAUGAGUAAAUAAACUGAUAAAUAUCUGGGUAAUUUAGCAAAAUUAUGCUGUGAACUUUACAACUUAUGACAUAGUAAUAGGACAAUGGUCCAGCGCUUACAGAUACUGUGUUAGUCUGAGAUGGCCCUGAAAGUUUCAAUUAUUCCAUAUGACUGUGUAGGUAUGCAGGCUAUGUGUAUAGAAAGUGCAAACCCUGCAGACUUACACAAUGGCAACCAGAUGAGCACUGAACUAGUCUUUUCAUGCAAAGCAGGGUGUAACAAGACACAAUGUUUUGCAUGGUUUAUACAAAGACUGGAGUUCCUCUUACAAGGUGUAUGUUCACCUAUCUUAUCUCCUUUGCCUUCUGCACUCACUAAACAUCAACUCUAGGUCUAUCUAUUGCAACACUGGUGAAGACAAUAUUAAAAUACGCCUGUGGAAGUUUGUUCUGAUUUAAAAAUGAAGAAUGUAAAAGAAUACCAAGGUGUCGAGGCUACACAAGUGAGGAAGUAAACGAUUCUACACUCAGAAUUCUCAAUUGAAAGCUAUGCUGGCAGGUGACGGUCAUCCACAGACCACCUCAUGCACUAGCCCAGACAACAAUACAACUUGUCAAAUAAUUCAGAAACUGGGAAUAACAGUUGCAAUGUUGUCUGUGUGGAUACGGAAAGUGACCUUACGGGCUUGUGUAUCUGAACACAUUUCUCCGGUCUACCCGUAGGCCGUGCCAAAUGUGGCAGAAUAUCAUAUCGCAGGUUGGUGACGUAAUAAAAUGGAAUAGAUCAAGAUGCAGAGAUGGAUUGAUGGACAGAUGUUGGGGCGGAACUUGGGACACGUUCUCACGUAGUGGUAGCUUCCUCACACGUCUUUAUACAAACAAAUUUUUUUUUGUUUGAAAAACUACUAGAGACUAGUCGGCUUCAGUGUCUUUCUAGUACACAGCUGAUGACUAACUAUGCAAAUAAGACGACGUCUGUCAAGGACAGAAUACAAGAAACGUGUCCUGCUCGGAAAUAUUAUAAAGAAGCUUUGUUCCCACACUGGAGGUGUUUACUUCCAUUUUUGUCCCAUCUCACUUUAUUGAUUCGAGAGUCCAAGCGUUACCGUUUCUGAGUAACGCGGGUGAGAUUGUGAUCUUUUUUUCUUCUUCUCCUGAUGGCAUAAGGGGAGUGACUGAAACUUGACUUCAGUGUCUGCCGCUUUUUUCGCCUAGAAAGUGAUGAGCGAAGAUGAGCUUUGAUCGACAUGAUAUGAAUAGGCGCAGCCUCUGUACCGUCUCUGUACUUGAGAAACUUUUUUUGCCCAUUUCUUUCAUCCUGUGAAGUCCGUCACUUCUCGGAAAAGGGACACGGUCAUCUAUUGUGAAAGAGUGAAAAGGCUUUUUUUGCUGGGAUAAUUUACAUUAUCCACCAACUCCACUUACAGAAGUGUAAAAUCAAACUAGACUCUGAAGUUAUUUUGGAUAGUUUUUUUUCUCCCUUGAUCGACUGCUGUUUUGAUUCCUGCAUGAAAAGUACUGUGGAAGGUGACGGGUCACCAUGCCGAGGAGAAAGCAGCAAGAACCCAGGCGAUCAGCAGUGUACAUGCCAGAGGAUGAUCUGAAGGGCGACGGACCUUUCGACGAGGAGGAGCACCUGCGCGACGACGGGCUGUCGCUGGACGGCCAGGACGCACACGCGGAGUUCCUGUGCAACGAGGAAGACGACGAAGCCGAGGCCGAUGCCUUCAGGGUCCGCCCCCCUUCCGGCAGCUUCCGCGGCUCCCCCCUCAGCAACGGCACCAACCCGGACGCUGGCUACGGCUCGCCGCUCAGCGACGCCAGCGACCGCCUCGCCGACCUCAAGAGCACGUCGUCCCGCGACGACGGAUGCCAGGACGGCAAGGAGGAUGGCGGCCUGUCCUCCUACCGCAUGGACACCUCCAUCGGCUCCAUCGGCGGCGCCCCCUCCUCCCUCAUGGGCAGCCCCAACAGCGGCAGCCUGGCCCUUCACGACAGCCUGGCCCAGAUGAAGGCCGUCUACGCCAACCUACUCUCGGACGCCUCCUGGUCGCGCAUCGCCAUGGACAUCAUGAAGGCCAAGCCCGUGUCGUCCAGCCCCGGCGGCAGGGGCGGCAUCCCCCCAGCCAACGCCCCGCUGGCCCUCGCCGCCACCAAGCCCGCCGCCGCCACCGCCACGUGCCCCAGCAGCAGUGCCAGCAGCGCCACCAGCCACAGCCACAGUCACAGCAGCAGCCAUCACAACGGGAAGAGCGCUACGGUCAACCCCCCUCCGAGCAGCGCCAACGGCAACUCCAAUGGCACCCCCACGCCGACCGCGCUACCCGUACCCGGCGGCGAGCCUAACGGCAACGGCGGCGGUGGCAUCGCCGGGGGCAACCCGAGCAACGGGGGCAACAUUGCCUACGACUGGCAUCAGGCGGCCUUGGCCAAAACCCUCCAGCAGACCCCGUACCACUUACUGCCAGAGCCCAGCCUCUUCAGCACGGUGCAGCUGUACCGCCAGAACAACAAGCUGUACGGCUCGGUCUUCACCGGCGCCAGCAAGUUCCGGUGCAAGGACUGCAGCGCCGCCUACGACACGCUGGUGGGGCUCACAGUGCACAUGAACGAGACGGGCCACUACCGCGACGACAACAAGGACAAGGAGGAGGAGGACAGCGGCAAGCGCUGGUCCAAGCCGCGCAAGCGCUCGCUCAUGGAGAUGGAGGGCAAGGAGGACGCGCAGAAGGUGCUCAAGUGCAUGUACUGCGGCCACUCCUUCGAGUCCCUGCAGGACCUCAGCGUGCACAUGAUCAAGACCAAGCAUUACCAGAAAGUGCCUCUCAAAGAGCCCGUGCCGGCACUGGCCACGAAGCUGGUGCCCUCAGCCAAAAAGCGUGCGCUUCAGGACUCCCUCAUCUCCCCCUGCUCCCCAGAGACUAUGCCAGCCAGUGGCGCCAUGGCGUCCGCUGACCCAGGCAAAGACCCGAAGCUAGCCGCUAAUCCGUACGUCACUCCCAACAACCGCUACGGGUACCAGAACGGAGCGAGUUACACUUGGCAGUUCGAGGCCCGCAAGGCGCAGAUCCUGAAGUGCAUGGAGUGCGGGAGCUCCCACGACACGCUGCAGCAGCUGACGGCCCACAUGAUGGUCACGGGACACUUCCUCAAGGUCACAAACUCCGCCUCCAAGAAGGGGAAGCAGUUGGUGUUUGACCCGGUGGUGGAGGAGAAGUUCCAGUCCAUUCCCUUGCCGCCGACCACCACGCGACUCCCCGUUCCCCCCUCCGUCAAGUCUCAACCCGUCUCCCCGGCUCUCUCCACAGGGUCAGAGGGGAAGAGGGAGAUGGCCAUGGAGGGUGAGAGGAGGACCGAGUCGAGCGAGCCCGAGGAGAGAAAAAUCAAAGAGGAGAAGGACGACGAGAAGAGCGGAGGAGUGGAGAAAAAGGAGUCCGACUCCACGUCCUCCUACAAGUACCUCAGAGAGGAGGACCUGGACGAGACUCCGAACGGAGGCCUGGACAUUCUGAAGUCCCUGGAGAACACCGUGUCCAGCGCCAUCAGCAAGGCCCAAACCGGCACCCCCACGUGGGGGGGCUACCCCAGCAUCCACGCAGCGUACCAGCUCCAGGGAGCGCUGAAGCCGUCGUCCUUACUGUCGCCAUCUGUUCAGAGCGUUCCCAUGCAACCGGCGUUCAGUAGCAGCAGCAUGCGGGCCUUCGUGACAGAUCCAGGGUCCGUCAUCCACUCGCCCAGGAGCCCCUCGUCCCCGCCCUCGCUCAGAAGCAACGUGUCGGCCAUGGAGGAGCUGGUGGAGAAGAUGACCGGCGGCAAGGCCGCCGCCGUGAAGAAGGAGAAAGAGGAGCGGGUGGUGAGCGACGGGCGAGGGGGAGGGGGAGGGGAGCGAUGCGGGUCCCUGUCCUCCUCUGCCAAAUCUCCGUCCCAGUCCCCGCCCGUGCAGAGAGCCGAGCAGAGGGAUCAGAGGGAUGGCACCGGUCCCAUCAUGGCCUACCCCACAGCAGGGAACCGGAGCACCAGUCCCAGAAAGGCAGAGGCUGCUGAGCUGGUCUGCAAGAAGGAGCCCAAAGACAGCCCGCUCGACACUACCACUCUCACCAAUCACCAUCACCCCCACCCUCACCACGCCAAAAACGGCCCCGACGCCAACACCACGUGCAGGUCGUCGCCCAUUACCAACGGCACCACCAACAGCUUGGGCAUCAUCACCGACCAUUCACCGGAGAGGCCUUUCAUCAACCCACUCAGCGCACUGCAGUCGAUCAUGAACACGCACCUCAGCAAGGCCUCCAAGCCCAUCAACCCCGCCGCGGACCCCCUCUCCAUGCUCUUCAAGAUCAGCAACAGCGUGUCAGACAAGCCACCCGUCUUCAACAACACUAACGCCACACAGGUGAAGCAGCAGCCCGACAACAACCCCGUCAACAACCGCUUCUUCUACGAGAGCAACGACCAACCUAUAGAUCUAAGCAAAUCCAAAAGCGGUGGUGGCGGCGGUGGUGGUGGAGCAGGAGGAGACGAGCGCAGCGGAAACGCCACUUCCAGUAUCCCUCUGAACAGCUCCAUGAACGGCAACAGCAACAGGCCUCUCGGCCUGUGCGGCCUCCCGUUCCCGGACUCCGGACUGUCGUCGCCGCUGCGGGAGAACGCGCUGAUGGACAUCUCGGACAUGGUGAAGAACCUGACGGGCCGCCUCACGCCCUCCAACAAGUCCUCCACUCCCUCCUCCAUCUCGGAGAAGUCGGACGUGGAAGGCAGCGUCACGUUCGAGGACGCGCUGGACGACCUGUCGCCCUCCGUGCAGGGGGGUAAGCGCAAGGGCCGGCAGUCCAACUGGAACCCGCAGCACCUGCUCAUCCUCCAGGCCCAGUUCGCCUCCAGCCUCAGGGAGACCCCGGAGGGUCGCUACGCCAUGACCGACCUGGGGCCGCAGGAGCGGGUGCACAUCUGCAAGUUCACCGGCCUCUCCAUGACCACCAUCUCCCACUGGCUGGCCAACGUCAAGUACCAGCUGCGCAGGACCGGCGGCACCAAGUUCCUGAAGAACAUGGACUCGUGUCAGCCCGUCUUCCUCUGCGGCGACUGCGCCUCGCAGUUCAGGACUCCUGCCGCCUACAUCGCCCACCUGGAGUCGCAUCUGGGCUUCAGCCUGAAGGACCUGUCCAAGCUGUCGGCCGAUCACCUGCGGGAGCAGCAGGCUGUCUCCAAGGUGAUCGGCGACAAGCUGGCGUCGUACGCGAGCCCGCUGGCCUCCAUGAUGGCGGCCGUGGCGGCGACGGCGGCGGACGACGAUUCUGGCUCCGGCGCCAUUUACCAGUGCAGACUUUGCAACCGGACGUUUGUUAGCAAGCACGCCAUCAAGCUGCAUCUGAGUAAGACUCACGGCAAGUCGCCGGAGGACCACUUAGUUUUCGUCACGGCGCUAGAGAAGCUGGAGAAACAGGAGAAGGUGUGAAGCGAGACGACGAGACGUCGAGGAUGGGCGCCAGACGCAGCUAUCCCCCCCUCCCUCCCCACACACAGCUAACACUCCCCAGAGACUCUGCUGUGUAAACUGACCAGUUUCAUUGCACUAAAAAUAUAUAUUGAUCACAUUUACUGCACUGGGCCAACACUGAGCCGUGAAAAAAAAAUGAAAAGGAAAAGAAAAAAAGAAUGAACUUAAAAAAAAAACAGUCUUACUUUUGUUGUGAAACUGCCUGACUGGACCAUGUCUUUUUAUGUUCAAGUUUGUUUUGUUUUUAUUUUGCCAAGUUUUUUAUUUUGUAAUGUAUUUAUAUGCUAUUUGUCCUGAUCUGUGCAUGUCCUUUAGUGAUGUUGAACAAGUUUUCAUUCAAUUAAUGCUCUUUAAAAAUGACUACUGGUUACUAUAGUUGUGGAUUUGAAAAAAGAAACAUUCAUUUGGAAAGAGGAACAUGAAAAUAUGACAUGAAGAAUUUGAAUUGUUUAUCUAAAGUGAAAGCCCUUCCGGAAGACUGAAGUAGCACCUUAAAGACGAUUUAAUUUUGUAAAGAGAACUUUUAAAAAAAUGUUUCAAUGACAAAAACAGAUUAAUUUUAUUGAUCUCCUGCUAAUUUUCCUUGUUUUAUUAUUUUUAACAUUCAACAACUAUAUUAACUGAAAGUUGUGAUCAGAUGAUGAUUUGUGUGUUGCAUUGAGAAAAGGAUUUUUCCCAAACGUUCUGAACAGUUAAUGCAUUGCUGCUUUAGGUUCAAAUCAAUCAGUGAGAAGGCAUUGCAGAACAGUAUGCAAGUUUGUUGUAAGACAAAAAAAAUAGACAAUGUUUCUUUUCAAUGUAAAGUAUCACUUUAAUAGUAAUUUUCAAAAAUGUAUGGUUUGUUACAAUAUCUUUCUAUAUUGUGCCGCUUUAAUUUCAACCCAUAGAAGAUAUUAGUCCGUUAUAAUGGUUAGUAUGGAAAAUGUAAAACUCACAUGACAUAUCUUGCCAUUUGCAACAGCUCAAUGUUAUUUGUACUUUAAGAUGUGUGCAUUCUUUAACUUUUAUAUUGUCAUUUUAUAUAUGAAAAUCUACAAAAAACCUAAACAAAAACGGACAACAUCCUGUAUAUAAUUAUAUGAUGUAGAAACACAAAUGUCCCCCUCUUUUUUGGAAAGAAGAAGAAAAAAAAAAAAGCUCCCCUAGCUUGGUUUACAAGACAACAAAUAACUAUACUUGCAUCCAGUUAGAUGCAUGAUGAUGGUGUGAAAAUACAUGAGCGAUGCACAAUGACUAUACAGUUUAAUGUUUUAUCAACAAUAUUGUAAAAAAGGAAAAAAAGAUCUUUUUAGCGCCAAUAACUUUUUGUUUUGUUUCCGUUUUUUUUUCCUUUUUUUAUUUUAUUUUUCUCAAUUGUAAAAUAAACCCCAAAGCAGU